UUCCAACCGUCGGAGUCUGCGCAGUGAACAAAGCGCUGAAAUUCAAAUCUUGAACAGAUGUUUCUUUAAAAAGAAAACAGGAACGGAGGCGACUGUUUUGGAGAAACGUCGUCUCAUAAACUUUCCGCGUUUGUGGAAUUAGAAUAGAUAAACGAUAAUUGUUUAAUAUAGCUAAGUCAGUAGAUUUUAACAAAGAAACUAUUAUCGGAAUGGACCCGUUUACCGAGAAACUCCUGGAGAGGACCCGUGCUCGCAGGGAGAACCUGCAGAAGAAGAUGGCAGAGAGGUCCACUGCUUCCAACAGACAGAUGGCCAAGAGAGCUAGGGAGCCUCUGGCUGAGACCUGCAACAGCCUGGUCACAGAGCCUGUCAUCGCCAAAGCCCCCCAACAUUCCACCAAGCCCUCUCCCUCCAAGCGGAGUCGUUCAGGUGAACUUGACAAGCCCACCAUUAUUGGUGAGGAGAACAGGGAGCCUGCAAUGCCUCCUUGCACCCUGACCCCUACUCUGUCAGAUCCCCAGACUGACCGGAAGCCCCCAACGGGCCCAGCCAGCAUCCUCUCUGCCUCUUCUCUGGAGAGGGUGGAUGUCUGCCCUGCUCCUCCCGUUCCUGAACCAGAGCCCAUGGUGGCAACACAGCGUGUCCCAGAGCAGGUCAGGGCCAGGGAGGUAGCGCGCCCUGCCCCAAAACCAGAGAAGGUGGCUGUGAGUGCUGCUCCACAGAGGACCAGGGAUGUGGAGGUGGUGCCUACUAGCCCAGUUCUUCAGAGGAACAGAGAAGAGCAGAGGGAGGCUCCCACCUCCUCUACCCCUGCUGCCAUGAAGUCUCGCCUGGCCAGACUGGCUGAACAGAGGCAGUACUGGGACUCUGAAGGUACCUCUGAGGUUCCAGACAUCCCAGCAGCUCUGUCCCCAGUGAAGAACCAGACCCAGCCAAGGCAGGCUGUAGCCCCAGUCCCCACACCCGUCCAUGCUGCUGCGUCCUCAGAGGCCCCUGUAGGUAGGAAGGGUCGGCUGGCCAACCUCGCAGCCACCAUUGGGUCCUGGGAGGACGACCUCAGCCACGCGGCCCCUCGCAGAGACAAUGCACAAGGGAAGCCUGGUAGUGUCAGUACCGCCACCCCUGCUUGGAGGAGAGAGGCUGGUGCUGGAGCCAAACCCACCCCUGCUGCUGCAGACCGUCCACAAAUGAGUCAGUCAUCAAACAGAAAGCCUGCUCUGGAUUCCAACCAGCAGCCUGUCCACUCCCCAGUCAAGUCCAACAGAGUGUUUCCCCCCAGCCCGCAGAAGACUGAAGUACCUGAAGCCAGACCAGCUCUACGGACAGACGGAGGUCUUCCCUCUCCUGUAUCCAGUCCCCAGAGGAGUUACCAGGGGAGAGCCUCAGCCUUCACCCCCAGCCCCCAAAAAGGUGCUCUCUCCUCAGCCUCACCUGUGCCUCAGAGCCCCCUGAAGAACCAGGCCCUGUCCCGGGCCCUGGAGGUCAAUGGUAGCCCCGAGAAGCCAGAACUCCUGACACAGCCCUCCACCAUCGGGCCCACUGGACCCUCUGUCCUGCAGACCAGGGAGAGGUUCACCAAGGAGACCCCCCCAGCCUCUCCCCUGCAGCAGCGAGGCACUGCUGGAGUAACUGGACCAUCUGUUCUGCAGACCAGGGAGAGGUUCACCAAGGAGACCACCCCAGCUGCACCCCUGCAGCAGAGAGGCACCGCUGGAGCAACUGGAACUCCAGCAGGUGUCAAGUCGUUCAUGGGGCGUUUUGGGGAGAGGUGCCAGGAGCGUUCUGGCCUGAGUUCCCCUGCUACCAGCCAUGGAGCAGCCACUCGUACCCCAACCGUAGUGAACCCGUCUGGGGCAGGCCUGGCUGGUCGUACCCCUGUAGUGAGCCAGUCUGUGACCCCUAACACCAGGCUGGUGCAGGAGAGGCUGAGAGCUGCCCAGGCUGCCAACACUGCCACUGCUGCCCUUGCACAGAAACAGAAACUGGAGCGUGAGUCGGAACUGGCUCAGAUUCGUAACCGUUUCCAGAAAGGGAACAACAUUUGGAAGAACAAGGAGGUGGCAGACACCGAGAGACUCACACAGGCCAAGGAUCUGAUUGAGCAGCCUGAGGAGAGAGGGCAUGUUCUCUCCCAGCCUGAUGAUGAGCCAACAGCUUCCCCUCUGGAUAGCCUGAAUGCUGCACCCAAGAAACCCACCACUCCAACCUCCAUCCCUGUGAAGAGCGUAGAAUUCUCAUUGGAGAAACCUGAGGAAGAAACACAGGAGGAGGAAUCAGACGAAGAAGAGAGUCAUGAGCUGGAGAUGAACGUGGACCAGUCUAACAACUCUGAGAUCAACAACUUUGACGGGUUCCAUGACCAGAGUGAGGAGCUGAGUGGUGAGGAGGGUGAAGGAGACGAGGAGGAAGAUAAACUGAAUAUCUCCUCGAUGUCCAUCCUGGCCCCCUUCUCUGAGACUGUGGCUGCUGUGAUCAAGAGCCCAGUAAGGAAGAUGAUGACGUCGACCCCAGCCAGUUCAUUCAACGCUAAGAGCCAGACUCCUGACAUUGUUUCCAGACCCAGUAAGUUCCAAAGUGCUCGCUUGCUCCGGGCUGGAUCAUCAGACAGCCUAGAGACAGACGAACAUGAGGACCACAACCUGCCCUACAGUAUUGAUGCGUACAGGUCGACCAGGGUCAAGGAGAGUACCGAGAGGCCCAGUGUGAAGAAGGAGGACGUGUCUCGGAGAACAGCAGAGGAGCCCAGGAGCCAAGGACACACCAGCAUGAAACAGAAGAUGAAGGUUCUGACCUAUGAGAUGAACCUACAGCAGACAGUGAUCAGCCAGGCCAGCCAAGCCCUGAACUGCUGUACUGAUGAGGAGCAUGGGAAAGGCUCGCAUGUGGAGGCAGAGGCUGAGCGGCUGCUGCUCAUAGCCACGGAGAAGCGGGGGGCUCUGAAGGCUGAGUUGGACCGUCUGAAGGGAGAGGGUCCUAGCGGUCAUAGGAGGGGACAGGGUGGGGACAUGGGGGUCUCCGCCUCCAAGGGAUCCAUCUCUCUUCUGGAGCUACGAUUGCCCCUCAAGGCUGACUUUGUCUGCUCCGCUGCUAACAAGCCAGAGUGGUCCAGCCAUUACUUCUUCAUCAUGAUCCGUGCUGGAGCUGAGAAUACAGUUGCUACUCCCCUAGCCAGCACAAGUAGCGCUAUCAGUGGAGACGCAAUCACCUUCUCUACCAAGUUCACCAUGCCUGACGUCUCUAACGACUUUGCAAUUGAUAUUGAGGUUUACUGCCUGGUGCAGAAGCGUGAGUUGAACUCUGACAAGAGGAAGAAGCCCAGCAAGUCAAAGGCCAUCACUCCCAAGAGGUUCCUCUCUAAGAGCAGUUUGACUCCAGUGGUGGCCAGUCCUGGGGGCCCUAAUACAGUCCGCACCAGUAACUUUGUCCUGGUCGGGUCUCACAAACUGACUCUUGCCUCAAUUGGGAAAAACAAGUUCCUAUUGGAGAAGAUCAAAUAUGAAGGCAUUGAGAGAGAGCUUCUUAGAGACAUGUUUCACAGCAAGGUGCCUUUCCUGUGCCCCAUGGAGGGCCAUAUCUACCUGAAGAUGCAGUGUGAGGUGGACUCCCUGGUGGAGGAGAGAGGCUUCCUGACUAUGUUUGAGGAUGUGAGUGGAUUCGGAGCAUGGCACCGGAGAUGGUGUGUCCUGUCAGGAUACUGUAUCUCCUACUGGACCUACCCUGAUGAUGAGAAACGCAAGAACCCAAUGGGUCGCAUCAACUUGGCCAACUGCACCAGUCGUAAGGUGGAGCCAGCCAACCGAGAGUUCUGUGCCAGGCCCAACACCUUUGAGCUGAUCACCGUCCGGCCUCAGAGAGAGAACGACAGAGAGACGCUUGUCAGCCAGUGUAAAAACACCAUGUGUGUCACCAAGAACUGGCUGUGUGCCGACACGAAGGACGAGAGGAACCUGUGGAUGCAGAAGCUCAACCAGAUCCUGGUGGACCUGCGCAUGUGGCAGCCAGACUCCUGCUACAGGCCUGUGUGAGAGCACAGCUCCCCCGCCUGGACUAGAGGGCUAACACCCUGCAUGGUUCUGGGUCUUGCAUAUGGACUGUCACGAUCAGUGCCGCUUACGAUGACUAAGUGCAAUACAGUAUUAAAGUUAUUAAAUAGGAUUUACAGGUGUAUUUUAUUUUUAGAGAUGCUUUAGUGGACAGUCAAGACAGUUUAAGUCAGGGAUGGGCAACUGUGGGCCCCCUUUUGUAGCCCCCCCAUUCUCCGACUCAGUCUGGGUCUCAACCAGGGUUUUCGUUAGGAAAAUGUGGCGCUGGACGUUUGACCAGCAACAUUUUAAUUUACCGGACAUUUGAGAAAUUUGCCGGACCCAUAUGUAUUGGGUGCGUAAUCUGAUUAGGAUGUCCACCCACAGUGCUCAGAAUUACAGAAAUCACAUUUUGAUUGUUAAUUCAUGUUAACAGAACAUUCAAGUCAGAUGCAACGAUGUGCGGUCCUGAUUCUGAUGGCCACUUUGAAGAUGUUAGAUUAACUGUCUACAUUUACCUUUCCACGGCCAACAACAUGUGCAACGGACAGCAAAACCACUAGCUAUGUCAAUCUACUAUCCUUCAUAGUAGAAAAGUGUACGUAUUCUAUUGGUCAGCUUGUUGAGAAAUAGCCUAUUCCAAACAGACUCUGAGACAGUUAUGGGAAGAUGAGCCCAAAUUCAUACAAUCAGUAGGCCUAGGCUACAUAAAAAAAUAACCUUAAAGCAAUGAAUCUGAUGCAACCAAUCCAAACAUUUAGCUUAAUGUUGAUAAACUAUGAUCCCAUGGCGCUUGCAAUGCCAGGGUUAUGGGUUUGAUUCCCACAGGGGACAAGUAUGAAAAUAUAUGCUCUCACUACUGUAAGUCAUUCUGCUAAAUGACAAAUGUAAAUGGAUUGACAUUAUAAGCUCAGCAAUGUUCACAAGGCAGUAGGCUAUGUGCAAAUGUUUGUUCCAUAAUACAGUUAGUGAGAAAACACCAACAGGGCACCGCACCUGCAAGCAGUUUCAUGUGAUGGAUGAAAAUAUCCAUUAGACAUAUAGAAAGAGAUCUAAUAGGCGUAUAUGUUUUCAAAAUGCAUAGCCUACUGCCUCCAAAGUGGUGUGUGACGUGCUGAUGAAGCCUGCCUUCUGUUGCCGUUUGAGAUGCUGCAGCAGCUCUCACUGACAUAUUUUACGCUCUGUAUGCUGUAGGGGUGUGAUAAAUAACAUGCAUAAAGAAUAUACUGCGCCAAUUUAAUUCCACUAAAUCAUGCAAAUGAACCUAUAGACCGAUAAGCAUGACAAGUCAAAUGUAUUUCCAUCAAUUAAUAGGCAACAACAACAAAAAAUUCACAUUGGGAUUUUUUUCCCCUCCCGGACAAUUUGCCGGUGCAACUUUUAUCGGCUUUUCUAUUUCCUGGUCUCAACUUACCGUAGAUAGGUAGAAUUUUGAUAUUUGGUUGUGCAUCAGCAGUUUCUGUUAAGUUGGUCACUGGCAGUCACGCAAUUAUCCCAUGUCAGCAAAAAUGUUUUGGAUUGGUAAGUUAGUCAUGGUCGAAUUACAGAUGGGGGCCCCAUUUAGAUUUUUUGUUACUCAGAUAUAUUAACUGCAAACACUCCUCUCCGCCCCCUGGCAAAAUGUGUAGAAUUACAGCAAACAUGCUUUAAAACUGACAUUUUUCUCUGCUCCAUGGCAAAAUGUGCAGAAUUGCAGAACAUGUACUCCCAAACGUACUUUUCUACUCUCCGCUGUCAAGGGGGGCCGUUUAAAAUGUUUUUCUCUCAAGGUCACUGCAUGUGUGUUUAUGGAUGUGGGUACUCAGACCCACAAGCCACUGGGGCCCCUCAUGAUGAGUUAAGAUUUUGUGGCCCCCACCCUUAUCAAGGUUGCCUAUCCCUGGUUUAAGUUAUGAGUGUGAGAAAUAUCAGUAAAGCCAUACUUGUGUAGAUAUUUCAGUGUUGACAAGGGCUGCUGGUGCUUUUACACAGUCCACACUGACCCUGUAUUUUAUACGCAUGUCCACAGUGUUGGGAGUCCAUACCCUCAUAUUUGAGAGAAUUGACAAAGUAGCAUUUUGGUUGUCUAUGCAUAUACUCCCACGAUGCAUCUUGCUGCGAGAUAUGGCUUCAUAGGUUGACUUUGUUUUGUCUGAUUAACAUUUUGAAUCAAUAUUUAAGUUGGUGUCACAAAACCAAUUGUAGAAUUGUCUGCGUCGAUGCCAAGGUUAUGCACCAGAAUGUUGUACGUGUGUGUGAAUGCUCCACUUUUUCAUAGUAUUUGGAGAAGGGCAUGAUUGAAAGCACUGUUGAACAACCGUAACACCUGAUGUUUUUAGAUUUAGUCACACAAUUCUCUACUUCAAUACCCUUUGCCUUUUUUUGCUAUUCCCUUUUUUCCUUCCUUUGCAAUUUUAGCUAAUCUUAUAUUUAUCAUGUUGCGCACUGUGGGUUAGAAACAUCUAGGCUGUCGAGACUACCGAACAAAAAAGCCUUUAAUAUUGUUUGUUUUUAUGUCAAUGUUUUUAUAUUUUUGUGUCCAGGUUUUAAAGGGUUACAGUUAAACAGGGGGUGUGGAUCUGCAGGUAUUGGUAUAUUAUACCACCAUUCUAUUGUAAUGGAAAACUUUGACAGUUGAGAUUAUUGCAAAUCCUUUUUUGUAUGGACAGAUUUCUAUUCUCAUUUUAAUAUAGCUAGCUCUACACUGUCAUUAAGUUGAAAGCUUAUUCUCAGUUCAAGUUUUAAGCAUGUGCUUGGAGGACUGAAGAUGCUAUUCACUCUUGUGAUUUUACAGUAAUGUUUUGGGGAAGAUAAUAUGCCUUAUCUACCCAUUUAAUUAGUGCAGAAAAUGUUAAUUAUUCUCCAAAUGUUGGCAGUUCUAUCAUAUCCACUGAUCUGUUCUGUCUAAAUGCCAGUCUUUCAUUGGAACAACAAGCACGCCAAAGAUUCAUUGGAUGUACUGGUAUUUCUAAAAUGAGACUUAAAUAAAUGUCAGCUUUAACCAAAA